GAGUAUGAACAACCUGACCCUGUUGUCCUCCGGUGCCCUCUCCAACCUUCACUUCCUUGAGGAGCUACGUCUUGCAGGCAACGAUUUGAUGCACAUUCCCAAAGGAGCGUUCUACGGCCUCUUCAAUCUCAAAGUACUGAUGCUUCAGAACAACCAGCUGCGACGGGUUCCAGGCGAAGCCCUUCAGAACCUCAGGAACCUCCAGUCUCUUCGUCUGGAUGCCAACCACAUCUCCAGUGUUCCUCGGGGCUGCUUCGACGGCCUCCAGUCUCUACGUCACCUGUGGCUGGAUGACAACUCUCUGACAGAGGUGCCAGCUGACGCCCUGGGGGCCCUGUCCUCCCUGCAGGCCAUGACCCUGGCUCUCAACAGAAUCACACAUAUACCUGACCGGGCCUUCACUAACCUCUCCUCCCUCGUGGUCCUGCAUCUCAAUAACAAUAGAAUCCGCACCCUGGGAACGCAGUGCUUUGACGGCCUUCCCAGCCUGGAGACUCUAGAUCUCAACUACAACAACCUGGAAGAGUUCCCUAUUGCAAUCAGAGCCCUGAGCACCCUGAAGGAGCUGGGUUUCCACAGCAACAACAUCAAGUCCAUCCCCGAGCAGGCCUUCACUGGACACUCCACUCUUCUGACAAUAUUCUUCUACGACAACCCCAUUCAGUUUGUUGGCCAGUCGGCCUUCCAGCACCUCCCUGAGCUGCGGACACUAUCUCUGAAUGGUGCAGCAGAAAUCACAGAGUUCCCGGACCUCACUGGCACCAAGAGUCUUGAGAGCCUGACCAUCACUGGAGCUCGCAUCACAUCCCUACCUACCACUGUGUGUGACCAACUACCCAACCUGCAAGUGCUAGAUCUGUCCUACAACAUGAUCCAGGCUCUGCCCAGCUUCAGAGGAUGUGAGAAGAUUCAGAAAAUUGAUCUGCACCACAAUGAAAUUGAAGAGCUGCAAGCUGACACAUUCCAGGGACUGACUUCCCUACGGUCUCUUGACCUGGCUUGGAACAAGCUGUCCUCUCUGAACCCGCUCUCCUUCUCCAGUCUGCCUGCCCUCAUCAAACUUGAUCUUACUUCCAACCAGUUGUCCUACCUGCCUGUAUCUGGGCUCCAUGGACUCACACACCUCAAACUAGCUGGCAACGAGGACCUGCAGGAGCUACUGCCUGCUGAGAGCCUCCCCAAACUGAGGGUGAUGGAGCUGCCCUAUGCCUUCCAGUGCUGUGCCUUCGUCUCCUGUGAGAAACACUCCUCUCCCUGGGACAGAGACACUAACCACAACGGGAGGGACGACUUCGGGAGGAGGGAGGGCAUCUUGUCUAACCAAGACCACGAGGACUUUCUGUUGGACUUUGAUGAUGAGCCCAAAUCCCACCACACUGUCCAGUGUUCCCCAUCACCUGGUCCGUUCCGUCCUUGCCACCACCUGUUUGGCAGCUGGUUGAUCCGUGUUGGUGUGUGGGUCAUUGCUACUCUCUCCCUGGUCUGCAACACACUGGUGAUGGUCUCCAUCUUUCUCUCCCCGUCCUUCCUGUCCCCUGUGAAGCUGCUGAUUGGCCUGCUGGCUCUGGUAAACAGCCUGAUGGGGCUGUGGUCUGCCACGCUGGCCACCGUCGAUGCCUUGACCUUCGGCAGCUUCGGCCGCUACGGGGCGCGUUGGGAGAGCAGCACGGGCUGCAAGCUGACCGGCUUCGUCUCCAUCUUCGCUUCUGAGACCAGUAUCUUCUUACUGACUGUGGCCGCCCUGGAGAGGGGGCUGUCGAUACGGAGAGGCAAGGCCGCCGAGGGGAAGAGUUCGACGGGCACGCUGAGGCUGGUGGCCGCCUUGUGUUUCCUUCUGGGCCUGGCUAUCACCCUGCUCCCCCUGCUGGGGGACUACGGAGUCUCCUCCAUCUGUCUCCCCAUGCCCUACGAAGAGCCCUCCUCUCUGGGCUUCAUGGUGGCUCUAGUCCUGGUCAACUCCCUAUGUUAUCUCAUCAUGACCGUCACAUACGCCCGCCUCUACUGCAGCCUGGAGAAAGGAGAGCCGGACAACCUGUGGGACUGCCCCAUGAUCCGUCACGUGGCCUGGCUGCUGUUCACCAACUGUCUCCUCUACUUCCCUGUAGCCUUCCUCUCCUUCUCCUCCCUGCUGAAACUGCCCUCAGUAGGGCCUGAGGUGGUGAAGUCAGUGCUUCUAGUGGUGGUUCCUCUCCCAGCCUGCCUCAACCCUCUACUCUACGUCCUCUUCAACCCUCACUUCAGAGAGGACCUGGGCCUGCUCCACAGAAGGACUCGCGGCGCCCUGCACCUCAGCAGACCUCGCCGACUCAGUCUCGUCUCGCUCAACUCGGAGGACGCAGAGAAACAGUCAUGUGACUCCACGCAGGCCCUGGUCACCUUCGGGGUGUCAGAGGAGGAGGAGGAGUCUAGGGGGGCGGGGCAGCAACCCAGCGCCGAGGCACACCACCCUCCGAUUUCCUUCAUCCCCUGUCGCUAGGCAGACUAGCGUUCAGGCUACACUGUUUUUACUCCCAGGGCUGCAGGGCUCUGGGUUCUACCCCCAGUACCCCAUGCCCUAGAUCAACCCCCUACACACAGACACAGACUGUGUUAGAGCAGUACAUGUAGCCAAAGAGGAAGGAUGAAGAAACAAGGCCACUGCUACAUGGACAAGAACAGGACACAAAAUGGCCGCCAUGGCUCUCCUCUGAAUCAGAACUGUAAUAUAGAGCUAGAUAGACUCCCAUUGUCCUGGUUUUCAUAUCUGUCUGAAUCAGAACUCUGAUAUAGAGCUAGAUAGACUCCCAUUGUCCUGGUAUUCAUAUCUCUCUAUCUGAAUCAGAACUCUAAUAUAGAGCUAGAUAGACUCCCAUUGUCCUGGUUUUCAUGUCUCUGUAUCUGUCUGAAUCAGAACUCUAAUAUAGAGCUAGAUAGACUCCCAUUGUCCUGGUUUUCAUGUCUCUGUAUCUGUCUGAAUCAGAACUCUAAUAUAGAGCUAGAUAGACUCCCAUUGUCCUGGUUUUCAUAUCUCUCUAUCUAUCUGUCUGUACAGUACCAG